CUCAGUGCGGCGGCGGUGGAAGCGGAGGAGACGGCGGGAGUGACCCCGGGCGGACGGACUGAGGGCGCUGAGCGGCUCCGCGGUCUCUUCACGAUUCCCUCACACUGUCAUUUUGGGCGCCAUGAGAAACCCCUCAGAGCGGUUGUCAUGGUAACCGGGGGGCGGCUACGGACCGGAGACAGCACCCGAGUACCGGGGAGAAGGGGGAGGUGACUGACCCUGCGAGGAGGUGGAUAAAGAAAGAGGGGGAGACAGACAGACAGACAGACAUUGUGAGGAGGCUACAGAGCGCCCAGGAUGGAGGACGGCUUCUCCAGCUACAGCAGCAGCCUCUACGACACCACCUCCCUCCUCCAGUUCUGCAAUGAUGACAGCGCCUCAGCCUCCAGCAGCAUGGAGGUGACGGAUCGCAUUGCCUCACUGGAGCAGCGGGUGCAGAUCCAAGAGGAUGAAAUCCAGCUGCUGAAGUCCGCCUUGGCCGAUGUAGUGAGGCGACUCAACUUCUCCGAGGAGCAGCAUGCCAUGCAGAACCGCAAAGGGCCCACCAAAGAUGAAACUAUGUAUAAGAGGUCAGACAUGGACAGACCUGCGCGUUCAGCAUCCGGGCCAGGAAAGGAAAAACAGAAAGCCAGACCCCUGGUGCAGACAUUGCCGCUGAGGGCGACCGUUAACAGUGAAACCAUCCUACCAAAGAAACCAAGCACUUCUCUCCCUUCACCUUCCGGGACCAGGAAAGAUAUCGUUCCUCUAGGACCCAAAAGUAAUGUCAAAAGAACAAACUCUACUGAACGCAUCUCUCCUGGUGGCCGAAGAGAAAGCGCCGGGGACGCCAAAGGCAGCAGGAACCGCGCUGGAUCUACCAGCAGCUCCUCUAGCAGCAAAAAGAACAGCGAGAGCAAACCCAAGGAACCAGUUUUCAGCGCCGGGAAGCGGCGGGUGACACACUGUAAAGAGGAAGGUUAUGUAAAAAUGUUUCUGCGCGGGCGGCCAGUGACUAUGCACAUGCCCAAAGACCAAGUGGAGUCGUAUAACUUGGAAGCGAAAGUAGAACUUCCUGCCAAAAAACUGAAACUAGAAUGGGUCUAUGGCUACCGUGGCCGGGACUGUCGCACUAACCUGUACCUUCUGCCCACCGGAGAGACGGUGUACUUCAUAGCGUCCGUCGUCGUCUUGUAUAAUGUGGAAGAACAGCUGCAGAGACAUUACACCGGUCACAACGAUGACGUCAAGUGCCUUGCCGUCCAUCCUGAUAAAAUUACCAUAGCAACCGGCCAAGUCGCAGGUACCUCUAAGGAUGGAAAACAAUUACCACCACAUGUCCGUGUUUGGGAUUCCGUGACCCUCAACACGUUACACGUCAUCGGCAUGGGCUUCUUCGAUCGCGCCGUAACAUGUGUAGCCUUCUCUAAAUCCAAUGGAGGAGGAAACCUGUGCUGUGUGGAUGAUUCCAACGACCACGUGCUCUCGGUCUGGGACUGGCAGAAAGAAGAGAAGUUGGCUGAUGUUAAGUGCUCGAAUGAAGCUGUCUUUGUGGCCGACUUCCAUCCCACAGAUACAAACAACAUAGUCACGUGCGGCAAAUCUCACCUGUACUUCUGGACCCUGGAGGGAAAUUCUCUGGUCAAGAAGCAAGGACUGUUCGAGAAACAAGAGAAACCAAAGUUUGUCCUAUGCAUCACUUUUUCGGAAAAUGGCGACACAAUCACGGGAGAUUCAAGUGGAAAUCUCUUGGUUUGGGGAAAAGGUAGCAAUAGGAUUAGCCACGCAGUCCAAGGAGCCCAUGAGGGCGGUAUAUUUGCACUUUGCAUGCAGAGAGAUGGCACAUUAGUGUCCGGAGGAAAAGAUAGAAAACUUAUAUCCUGGGGUGGAAAUUACCAGAAGAUGAAUGUAGUAGAGAUCCCAGAACAGUUCGGUCCGGUGCGCACUGUGGCAGAAGGAAAAGGCGAUGUUAUGCUGAUCGGGACAACAAGAAAUUUUGUCCUUCAGGGAACGUUAGCUGGAGACUUCAGUACAAUCACCCAGGGUCAUACUGAUGAACUGUGGGGAUUAGCUGCACAUUCCCAGAUGCCUCAGUUCUUGACAUGUGGUCAUGACAAGCAGAUAACAUUAUGGGAUGCUAUCGGUCAUCGUCCAGUCUGGAGCAAGAUCAUUGAGGACCCGGCCCAGUCUGCUGGCUUCCACCCUAACGGUUCUGUUGUAGCAAUAGGGACUCUGACGGGCAGGUGGUUUGUGUUAGAUACAGAGACCAAAGACUUGGUGACUGUACACACAGAUGGGAACGAGCAGCUCUCUGUCAUGUGCUACUCUCCAGAUGGAAAUUUCCUAGCAAUCGGUUCCCAUGACAACUACAUCUAUAUUUAUGCUGUUAAUGAGAAUGGAAGAAAAUACAGUCGCAUUGGCAAAUGCUCAGGUCACUCCAGUUUUAUUACUCACCUGGACUGGUCUGUGAAUUCACAAUAUCUGAUGUCUAAUUCUGGCGAUUACGAGAUCUUGUACUGGAUUCCCAUGGCCUGCAAGCAAGUAGUCAGUGCUGAAACCACCAGGGACCUCGAGUGGGCGACAUAUACCUGCACACUUGGAUUCCAAGUCUUUGGAGUGUGGCCAGAAGGAUCGGACGGAACAGAUCUGAACGCGAUCUGCAGAUCGACCGAUCAGAAGCUUCUGGCUACGGGAGACGAUUUUGGCAAAGUCCACCUGUUCUCAUAUCCUUGCUCACAGUCCCGGACAUCGAGCCACGCGUACGGCGGGCACAGCAGUCAUGUCACCAACGUGAGCUUUUUGCACGAGGACAGCCAUCUAAUCUCUUCCGGCGGCAAAGACAUGAGCAUCAUGCAGUGGCGUGUUCUGUAGUCGCCUGCACAGACAACCUUGAAGACGCCAAGAGAAUCUUGUAAAAACCGACGCUUGCCUUCCUGUUGUAACACGGGCUGCUUCUUAACGAGUCAUGGAGAACUCAGGAACCAAAAUCUUUCCCCCGUGCUAUCGCUGACAGGGUCCCCCCUCGGCUUCUAAUAAGAGGGUGCUGUCCGUACUCGCUGCAAACCCUGCAGAACACCAUACGCAUCGCAUUGUAACCCACAGAGGUUUUAUAGCCUGUCCCCCGUCUAUAAUGUGCUGUCCGUUUUUAGCUUUCAUAAAAAUAUUAAAGUCACCCCGUGUACGCCUUGUUUUGCCAUAAGCAGUAUUGGAACAAUGAUGGUGACCUGAGCUGGUACUGUGCAUUAGUCUUCAUACCCUAGGAACUCUAAAUGUGAAUGUGUUUUUGUUUUAUGGGCGUCAGUACUUUCGCACUUGUAUCUGCCUGUUGUCAUUUGUCCCCACUGUUACACAGACAGAAUUGGUCAUGGUCGCCAGGCAUUGCCACCGUCUCAUUCCCAUCUGUUUGUUACCUUGGUGUGCGUUUUUUGGGAUCUGGUGAGGUGUGUGUAUAACCUGCAAUAAUUUUUCUAUACUCCCCUUUUCUUCAGCCGUGAAUCGCAGCUCUUGUGUUCAGGUCCCCAAUUUCUCCUGGAUCUAAUUGGAAUAUUGCACUGAAUCUAGGAAGAAGAGGAGUGACCUACGGUGCCAGUUGUUGGGGCAGAUGCAUGCAUGUGGGGUUCAAGGUAUCUAGAUCACAGCAGAUCAGGUAGGGACUACAUUUAGAGGAGAGCAGCGUGUUGAAGAGCACAGCGAGCUGGAUCAACCCUAUUAAGGCAUAUUGCCUAGGUAGGGUCGAUCCUGCUGUUUAAAAUGACACCUGUCUUGUGACUAUUGUUUGAGGCCUUCUCAAGGAAAGCAUGUAUUUGUCAUGCAAAUUGAGGCUUCAGGGCACCGAGGGGCUUCGUCAGCACCGGAAUGCUGAUGUGCACCCAUAAGCUAGGCCCCUCCCCCGUUGCACUGAAGCCCUCAUCUGAAUAAACCAUAAGCCUUUUUAUUUAUUCCAGGAACACCGGAAGCCGAUUUUCACAAGACAGUUAACAUUGUAAUCAACAGAAUCAACCCUACCAGGCAGUAUGGCCUGGUUUAAUAGAUUGCAUCCUGCUGACACGUACUGUUAUAGGGGUUGCCCAGCAUUACAAAAAAUAUCUGCUUUCUUACAGAAACAGCGCCACAUCUGGCCACUGGUUAUGCCUGGUAUUGCAACUCUGCUCCAUUGCAGUGAAUGGGACCAAGCUGCAAUACUACAUGCAAGCAGUGUGCUGCUGUUUUCAGAAGAAAGGAUCCAUGUUUUCCUAGUCUUGGACGACACCUGUAAAAUAUUGAUACCUGAAGGUGGUGUUGAAAACCAACUGAACGUGUGUGAGGGUUUGAGGUAGGAUCGUGACUGAUGACCGUUCAGGGACCGAUAGUCCAGUCUUGUAUAAAUAAAACGUGAUCAUUGUACAGUGGAAAUCCGUAAAACUUCCUGACAUGCUGUGUGUUACAAUUUUUCACCAUCUCCACUUGCUGUGAACGUAUGAAACCAUUCAGAAACCAAAACAUGCAUACAUUUAAAUUCCCACGUGAGAGUUUGCUACCAUUGAUUUCAGUGAUCACUUCCAGGUGGAGGACUCUUAAUUGCACUGACACAUAGUAGCAAACCUUCAGCUGUUUGAUGGGUGAUUGUCCAGAGGUCAUACUUGUAGCAGGCUCUCAGGCUGCGAGAAGUAUUGAGUUUGGAUACAAGGUUUCCUUUCCCUGACAGCAAGCCGAGAUUUUGAUAAUUAAAACACAAAGUCGAUGAGGAAGUUGCAGAACUUUUUAUUUUUCAGCUAUUUUUUUAUAAUCCUUGUCCAAUGAUCAAGCUUUAUUUCUGCAAAGACUGAACAACAACAUUGCAGGGCGCUGAGGCUGUGUGCGCCAUAUUGCUUCAGGUUUAGAGGUACAAGCAGGUCGCAAGAGAUGAUGAGGAUGCUAUGUUAUGACCUAGGCUUCGUGGCAAGGACAGAAGUAGUUUGCAUGGAGGCUAAGAACAGAGGAUGAAUCCUUUGCCGUUACUGCAAUACUAGGUGACCCCAUUGAGGGGAAAGGGGCUUGCACUAAGUUCUGCUUUAUACAAGCCCCGAUUUUGCAGUACGACUGGAAUUAGAAGUCAUCACAAGUACGGUACUUUUUUGACUUAGAAAACCUAACCCCUAGUGAUCAGUGUGAGGGAACCUGCCAGCAAGUGUUUCAUUUCCCUGCAGCACCACCACAGGGCAAAUGAAGAAUUACACAUUUUGCAUACAAAAUCAAUAGAAUGACCAUAUAAUACCGGGUCCUCCAGAGAGACUUUCUUGCUAGCCAGGCCUGCUUAUAGAUGAGAUCCUGGAUGGGCGUGCCCCCAUCUCUCUGCUAACAGAGUGCCCUACUAGGGUAUGUGACAAUAGGUUUUCUAAACCAGACACCCCAUAAAUGUAUGAUAUGUCAGGUUCAGCAUAGAACGGUGAUCUCCGAUGUGUUGUUGUCUAGCUGUGAUGCAACUACAACUCCCAACCUGCAGAUGUCAGGGCAUGGUGGAUGUUGUGAUUUUGCCUCUAAUGUAGCACGUGUUUGAUGAAGGAUAUGUUUCUAUUGAGCCAAGUGCCUUUUUUCUUUGAUGCUAUUCCAAUGUUUUCCUGUACGCGGCACUUAGACAAUUUCUUGAAGAUGAGUUCACUUCAUAUCGGGGAAAGCUUUAUGCUUUUUAUACUGGACGUUACGAGCGACGCGGCUUCGCUUUACCUUUUUAAUUUUCUGUGACUUACUGUAACUUUUUAUUUUUAUUUUGAAGUGCGGCAUACUCGUGUAAAGUGGUUUUAUUGUGUCCGGUUACAUCUGCAUGGAAGGGAACACUCGCCUACAACUAUUUAAUCUUCCGGUCUUGAGCAUUAGCGUCUAUGAGGAUGUUGUAUGCACGCGAACAGGAAACGAUAUUAUGUUUUUUGAUUGUCUUAUUAAAAAGCUUGAAAUGCAUUGUUUACAUGGGGGGGUGGAAAAAUAAAUAACAUUUGUUAUGAAAUAAA